AUUUCUGAAUUCGUUGCUUAAAGAAUAAGAGGUUUUGAGGUUUUCAAAUAAUAAUGCUGCAAAAUGAAACUUAGGCAAAGUAUAAGAUUUGUGAAUAUGGAGACUACUUUUGUUAUGUUUGUAGUAUUUUUCCUCCUUAGUUUCCCCAUCCAUGGGAGGCACCAUCGAAUUAGUUCCGACCAAUAUUUGGAUAAUCCGUUCCGUUACUGCUCCAAUGCCACCUUCUCACCAAGCUCCACCUACUUUUCAAAUCUCAAAUCCCUCUCUUCCUCUCUCUCCUCCAAUGCUUCUCACAGAUUAUUCUACCACAAUGCUUCCGCCACCACCGUAUACGGCGAUUACCAAUGCCGUGGCGAUCUCAACGCCACAGCGUGCAAACACUGUGUCGCCAAUGCCACCACCAAUUCGUCGCAAACGUACUGCCCAUUCAGUGUAGAGGCGGUUAUUUGGAAGGAUGAGUGUUUUUUGCGCUAUUCCAACCGCUCAUUCUUCUCGUUGCUGAGAGAAGAGCCGUUGCGGCACAUAAAUAACCAGGAUAAUUUCACUGGGGAUGGCUUGGAAGCGUUUAAGAAAAUUGUAGAGACCACGUUGAACGAUACGGUUAGAAAUGCUUCUUCUUCUUCUUCUUCACACGUCAGAUUAUUCGGGACUAAAGAAGCGAGUUUUGGGUCGGAAACGGUUUACACAAUGGCACAGUGUACGAAUGAUUUGUCGUCUUCGAAUUGUAGGAAAUGUUUGAAACGUGCUGUACAAAUAAUUCCGUCAUGCUGUAGUGGCAGAAGAGGAGCUAGAGUUUUGCUUUUUAGUUGUACUGUCCGUUAUGAACUUUAUCCAUUUUACGAUGGUGUUUCCCUCAAUAUUUCCCUUUCUCCUUCACCUGCUUUUUCUCCACUAUCAUCACCACUAGCUCCUGAAUUGGCUCCUCCGGCACAGUCUCCGUCCGACACAAACGACCCUUUUCCUGAACUGCCUCCUCCGGCUCAAUCUCCCUCGAAUUCGAUCCCUUCUCCUCCUCCUCCUGAUACAUUGCCCUCCUCUCCUUCCAUACCGCUACCACCCUCUACGGCGCCUUCUUCACUACUUUCAGGAAAAGGGAAAAAGAUGACGGUGGCUAUGGUGAUAGGCAUCGUUGUUGGAGGCGUUUUUGUGUGAGUUAAAUUGUCUGAGGUGCGAAGAGGUUGUAUUGUAAUACUUGGAUCUGAUUCAAACAUCUCUGAUAAUCUCUCUCCAACUCAUCUUCUACUACUUAAUAAAUUAUAUAUGGUGAAUUAUGAUUGAAUGAUGCAA